CUUUUCGUAACGAACAGACAAGCAAACAAACGUCAAACUCUCGACUACAUACGUAUCCUGCCCAAAACCGGACAUCAUGCCGAGCUCGGCGACCAAAAGGACGUCGGGUCAGAAGAAUCAGACCUCGCCAGCGCCGGACGAGGACAAGGGCGCUGCUCACAUGAGCGAACAGGAGCGGAAACGGCUGCGCAACCGCCUCUCGCAGCAGGCGUUCCGCCGCAGACAGGCGGAGCGCAUCCGGGAGCUCAGCAGCCGCGUCAACGCCGACCAAAAGUCCGACAGUGAGCGCAUCGAGGCGCUGCAGCGCGAGAACCGGCAGCUCCGGACGCAGCUGGUCGAGGUCCAGGCCAAGAUGGCCCGGCUGAUGGCCACGCUGCAGGGACUGAACGACUCGGUCUCCCAAACGCUGGACGACACGGCCGCCGGCGGGAGGGAUGGGGGGUGCAGUUACCGUGCGAACGACGACGACGACGCAGGGAGGUCUUCCGCCGAGCCGUCGCCGUCACGUCGUCCGGAGCACGAACGGGGGAACGGUCCUCACACCUCGUUACUUUCGGCUUCCGCCGCCGCCGCCGCCUCGUCCUCCUCAUCCUCAUCCUACGCGCCAAUGGAGUUGGAAGCUUUCGACGCGUCCCUGCUGGAGUUUGACCCGUCACUUCCCAUGCCCUCGGUGACAGAGCCGCUCGAGGACGACCUCUCCUCAUCGGAGCUCAUCAACGUCGCCGGCACCAGCCCGCUGUACGCGCAGAUCCCUAACAUCUGGAGCUUCGAGUAUCAGACGGGCAUCGAGCCGUACAUGACGGCCAUGGCGGCGACCCAGGAGUCCAGCACGAUGCUGCGCAAGGACUGGGCGCUGUCCAACUCGCCCUUCUCGGACCACAUCCAGCUGCUCCAGCGGCUCCUCAAGGACAAGCUGCGGGCAUCGGGGUUUGCGCUGGACGGCCAGCAGCUGUCGUCGUCGUCGUCGUCCAUGCAGAGCAUCUACCAGCCCGUCCUCAUGGUUCUCUCCAUGUUCAACAGCAUCACGCGGCCCGACGUCAUGGCCUGGUACGCAAAGACGCGUUUCUACCACAUCGUCGAGCUCACGGCCUGGCAGCUCUGCCCGUCGACGGCGACGUUCGAACGGCUUCACCCGCGGUACCGGCCGACCGAGACGCAGCGCCGGCACCCGGACCACCCGCGCGUCGUCGACUGGAUCCCGUUCCCCUCCAUCCGCGACCGCCUCAUCCGCCGCCACGCCGCCAACCCGCGCAUCGACCAGAUCUUCUGCGACGCCGUCACGGGCUACGUCGUCGAGGCGUCCAUGGCCGACCUCGUCCGCGGCGCGCCGCGCGUCACCGUCCACGUCCGCGUCACCGACCUCAUCACGGCCAUGUCAUCCGAGUCGUCGUCGUCGUCGUCGUCGUCGUCUUCCUCGUUGUCAUCCUCCUCCUCCUCCUCCUCAAAGUCCCCCACCUCGUCCACCACCACAGGCGGCGAGAGCGACCUCGUGCGGGCGCUCCUCCCGGCCCCCGACAUCGCCACUUUGUUCUCGUCCCCGGCGCACGCCCGCGCCGCGUUCAAGCUGCUCAACAUGGACCGCGGCGCGUCCUACUACAAGAUCGACCCGGCCUUUUACGCAAAGUACCCGGAGCUGUACGACGAGGCCAGCGACCUCACGGCCUCGGGCAUCGCGCUGCGGCCGGCGUCGCAAAAGGUGCUGACGUACCCGAGGCCGCUCGACGCCGCCACCGUUGAGACGUACCGCAGCUUCAUCGACUUUUCCCUCGACGCCGCCAACGCCAUCUCGUCGUCGUCGUCCUCGUCCUCGUGAUGGCUGUCAAUGUCCUCAACAUCCCCGAGGAUGAUUGUCCCUCAUUCCUCUCAGCCCAUGAUGACCGCGUGACGUGUGUCUCGGGCCCCUCGUACUUAUACAGUAAGGUCACAUUCACAUACACAUACACAUACACAUACACAUACACAUACACAUGCAUACCUACAUACAGACCUACAUACAGACCUACAUACAGACCUACAUAUACGGCACGGUCAGCAGUGUCAACACGCCCGGAACACCCAUCCGGCUCCCGCGAUGCCCGUCCGUAACCAUCCUCCCUCCCUCUCCUUCUCCCUCUCGUUCUCCCUCUCUCUAAAACCCUCCCCCGCGCCGCGUGUAGCCGUCCGACCCUGGUUUUACCUUUUUGGGGAGGGGGAACUUGCUUAUCAAGGUUUCAAGACAUACCGAGUUUCGGGAAGUGUCCAACCGUUUUUUUGUUUUUGUUUUUAUUUUGUUGGGCACCACAAAAAAAAAAGACAAAAACCCCACCGACAUUCGCACUGACUAACGUUCC